ACUGUUGCCUGGCAACGCCUGGAGCUGAGUUCCCCCCUACACACACACACUCUAGCCCCUCCCCCGAGGUGGGGGGUUCGGAGUCAUGUGACUCAGACCCUACGCGGCGGGGCGCGGUCCGAGCCCCGCGGACACGGCCGUGAAGUGAGGGUGGAGGGGCGCGCGCGUGGCUCCUAAGCCCGGACCCCGGCCCCUCUGAACGUUGGGAGAAACAAACCUGAGUGAGUGAAUGCGCGGUUGGGAACGUGCAAAUGGGUCGCAAGCCCCCUUUGUCUAGAGGAGAAACUGAGGCCCAGCGAUGUCAGGAGGCCAGUGGGUUCUGCGAGGAGCUGGGUUCUCCCUUUUUCUUCCCCAUCACAACCUAGCUAUUUCUAUCCACCCAUUCAUCCAUUCACCCCGCUCCCCGCCCUCCCACCCAGCUUGCCAGGUAACCCCUGCGGGGCUGCUGUGAUCAGGGCCUGGUUGAGGAGAGGGUUGAGCUGAGGGGCUUCAAGGCUUUCCCUGGAAGUGGGGAGAGGUGGGAGAGCGUUCUUUGCUGAGGGGAUGCUGGCAUAAUUGGGUUAAGGCGAGGAGUUCACUUCUCUGAGGAUUGAUAGAUUUAUGGAUGGGAAGUGGAGGAGUUGAGGAUGGACAAGGAGGCAGGGGCCAGACCUGCUGGGUCUCCAUUCGGGGAAGUGGUGAACCCUGGAAGAGUUUGAAGCAGCAAGACACAUGCCACAUUUUUUGGACACAGAUCCCUAUGCUCUGUAAUCUUUGCCCCAUGCAGUUCAGAGGAUAGAAACCCCAAGAUGGAACAGGCCUGGGACCUUUUCAGGGGAAACCCAUGACCACCUGAACUUUAACUAGCUGGCUUUUCUCUCUUAUGCCUUCUACUGAGAUACAAGUAAAUCGACUCCCACAGCUGAAGUCACAUCUUAACCCUGAUGACAUGGACACCUCCGUAUCCAAGCCAGUCCUGAGUGUCCACUUCCUUCUGGGUGUCUCCAGAUAGAGUUGUCUUUCUGGGCUCCCCCACUUCUCAUCUCCCACAUUCCUCAUAUCACUCUGGAUCAGUCUAUCUGUUGAGCACCUGCUACAAGUCUGGCGGUUUGGGGCACUGAAGAUCCAAAAGUGAGCAAAACAGGGACUUCCCUAGUAGUCUAGGGUUUAAGACUCUGCACUUCCCCUGCAGGGGGCUUGGAUUCUAUCCCUGGUCGGGGAGCGAAGAUCCCACAUGCGGCAUGGCAGGUGGCCAAAACAUUAAAAAAAAAAAACAAAAAAAAACAGAAGCAGGUUUCCUUUUCCAUUCUGCCCUCAUGGAAGUGAGUCUAAGGGGAGAGAGGGAGCCUGAACAGGUAAUAAAUCAUCAAGAUCAUUUCAGGGGAUGACAAGUGCUGAGAAGGAGAUGAAUGUUCUAGAGGUGAGGAACAGGAAGAGAGGUGCUGUAGAGAAGGAGGCCAGGCAAGUGCCCUCUGAGGAGGUGGUGGUUGCCGCGAGACUUGAAAGAGAGAGCCACUGAGUUGUACUUGGGAAGAGCAUCCUUGCAGAGGGAACAGCCGGUGCCCAGGCCCUGAGGCCGGUGACUGGCUGGUUCCUGUGAUCAGUGACGAGGCUAGUGUGGCCAAGCAGAGUGAAUGAGAGGGGCUGAUCCAAGCAGGGUCUUUCUGGUCACUCACCUUUUGUACUAAGUGAAACAGGCAGGGUUUUCAGCAGGUAAGAAGAUUGCUGUAGUGGCUCAGGUGAGCUGGAUGAUGACCUGGACCAGGUUGUGGCUAUGGGGACAGAAAAAAGGGGCCAGGGCCAGGGCUGGGGGCGUCAUCACUUGCUAUGCGAACAAAGACACCAUUGGGGAAAUGGGUGUGACUGGGGUUUAACUCUGGGCCAGGCCUGUGUGGCCACCCUCUCUCCCACUGCAGACCCAGGGAGGGCCAUGAAGGUGCUGCUCCUUACAGGGCUGGGAGCCCUGUUCUUUGCCUAUUACUGGGAUGACAACUUUGACCCAGCCAGCCUCCACGGAGCCCGUGUACUACUGACCGGAGUCAGUGCCGGCAUAGGGGAAGAGCUGGCGUAUCACUACGCGCGCCUGGGCUCCCACCUAGUGCUCACUGCCCACACCGAAGCUCUGCUGCAGCAGGUGGUAGGGAACUGCCGGAAGCUGGGCGCUCCCAAGGUCUUCUACAUCGCUGCGGACAUGGCCUCCCCUGAGGUGCCCGAGCGCGUGGUGCAGUUUGCGCUGGACAAGCUGGGAGGUCUGGACUACCUGGUGCUGAACCACCUCGGCGCCGCCCCAGCAGGCACGCGGGUCCGCAGCUCCCAGUCGACACGUUGGCUCAUGCAGGUGAACUUCCUAAGUUACGUGCAAUUGACUUCUUCGGCGCUGCCAAGCCUGACUGACAGCAAGGGCUCUCUGGUGGUGGUGUCCUCAUUGCUCGGCCGGGUGCCCACUUCCUUCUCCAGCCCCUACUCGGCAGCCAAGUUCGCGCUGGACAGCUUUUUCAGUUCUCUCCGGCGGGAGCUGGACGUGCAGGAAGUGAACGUGGCCAUUACCAUGUGCGUUCUGGGUCUCCGAGACCGUGCCUCAGCCGCCGAAGGAGUCAGGGGCAUCACGAGGGUCAGGGCGGCCCCAGGGCCCAAGGCAGCCCUGGCCGUAAUCCGUGGGGGCGCCACGCGUGCCUCUGGGGUCUUCUACCCGUGGGGCUCCCGCCUGCUCUGCCUGCUCCGCAGUUGGAUGCCGCACUCGAGGGCCUGGUUCGUCCGCCAGGAGCUCAACAUAACGACGCCCGCUGCUGCCUGAGCCUCUGAGCUUGAGGCCCCUUCAUCUUCCCAGAAGACCCUCCAGCCAUCCGUCCUGGAGCUGGGACAUACACUGAAGACACUUCUGAGCAGGUGGUCAAGGGGCAAGAGAAAGUCAUCAAGACACAAAAAAGUAAACCCGAGAAAACUACCAGCACUUGGAAACAAGCAGAACUCGGAGUGUACCAGGCGUCUUGUCACGAAGUCGGAAGUCAAUUACCUCAGUCUUCUUAGCUGUUACUGAUGAUAUGAGAGCUGCUGCCAUUUUGCAGAUGGACAAACUGAGGCUCAAAGAGGUGAUGUGACUUGCCCCAGAGCCCUGGCCCCAUCAAACAGGUCAUACCACCACUGAGCCACCUUUGGAGCCCGCUCUAUCUGUGACCUGAAUCCACUGCCUCCCAGUUUCUUCUUUCCACUCAGUCAGCCUCAGAGCAUCCUCCAACCCUUUCCCCAAGCAAGGGAGCCCUCGAAGCUCUCGAGUUGCUCUUGGGGUCUGAGGAGAGGGAGGAGUAAAGGAACAUGUUGUAGGCUACGUCCAACCUCCCAUUUGAGAAUAAAAAUCCUUCUUCCCUUGCA